AUGCAAACCAGCUGUUCGAGUUCGCUGCGUGCGUUAAGAUGCCCAAUAACGGCGCAAAUUGAUUUGUGCCCGCGCUUCUGCGAGGUUAUAAUUUUCGCGCCAUGCCGCGAUCCCACGCUGCGUGGCAAGAAUACGGAUAGCUUGGAACUACGAAGUGUUACGAACGAAGUGAAAAACUAUUGUAGCAAAUCACAGUUGCCGCCUUCUGCGGUAGCGCCGCCGCCGGUGACACCAGGGGCGAAGUCCUACAGCGCUCGGGGCGUGGCGCUUACGCACACAGACGCGGGACACCCCAUCGUGGACUUC